AUUACAUGAGUUGUUAUUUUACACGUCGAUUUUUGGCAUUUAAUAAAAAAUAAAAUAAAUAUAACAUGGGAUUUGACUAUUACAGCAUUUUGGGCGUAAAGCGUUCCUGUGAUCAAAUCGAGAUUAAAAAGGCAUAUCGGCGGCUGGCACUCAAAUAUAAUCCUGAAAAAUAUGGUAACGACGAAAACAUGAUACGAAUAUUUAGUCUUAUCGGGGAAGCCUAUGAAGUCUUAGUAGAUCACAAAAAUAGAGCAGUUUACGACCAGUAUGGAGAGGAAGGCCUUAAAAGAGGUGUUCCGAGCCCUAAAAAAUAUAUCCAACCUUACACUUAUCACGGUGAUCCCAUCAAAACAUACCAAGAUUUUUUCGGAACGAAGAAUCCAUACGCGGAUCUCCUAGACUACUAUGAAAACCCACCGCCGAUGUUCGAAUCUCCACUCGGGAGAGGUUACAAGGAGAAAGAUCAAACAAUAUUUCGACCACUCGCUCUCACUUUAGAGGAAGUUUACAAAGGCUGCUUAAAAAAAAUGAAAAUACAACGCUUAGUAUUUACAGACGAAACAUGUUCAGAAUUAAAGCUGAGAGAGAAGGUAUUAUCAAUACCAAUAAAACCAGGUAUAUAUCCUAAUACGGAGAUCAUAUUUAAGGAAGAAGGCGAUCAAGGUCCGACAAGAAUACCAGCUGAUGUGAUCUUCGUCACUGAGGACCGACCUCAUGAAAAUUUCAUAAGAUCUAGCGUAAGCGAUCUCUUGAUGGUCCGAACGGUUUCUCUAAAAGAAGCUCUAUGUGGUAUUACUAUCACGGUAUCCACUUUGGAUGACAGAGUUUUACGAAUCAAAAUAACUGACGUCAUAACACCGUCGUACGAAAAAGUAAUCGAGGAUGAAGGCCUUCCCCUACUCCCGUGCCCAAGUAAAGCUAAAGGGAAUCUUAUAAUACGUUUCCAAAUAAUAUUUCCAGUAUAUUUAUCAACACGCAGUAAAAAAGCCUUCGAAGAGGCUUUCCAAUUUCAAGAUAAGGAGAACGAAAGAUUCGAUAAACUUCCUUGUGGUACCUUGGACACUUUAUCUAAUUACGAUUAGUUCGGUUAUAUUAUAAAUAUAUAAUUAACAAAUUAUAAUGUUAAAA